AGAGCUCACGAGUGCCCCGCCCACCCACCCCCCGGAACAACACGAGGCUGCAUGUGUGGUCUCAGUAACCUUGGUGCCACCUGCUACCUCAACUCAUUGUUACAGACUCUGCAUUUCACUCCAGAGUUGAGAGAGGAACUAUUCAAACUGACUGAGACAGAGUUGGGCAUCUUCUCCACUCAGGAGGGAGCAGACAACUCCACGGUGCGAGUGAUUCCUGUCCAGCUGCAGAAGUUGUUUGCCAAUCUCCUUCUGCUCAACCAGCAGAGUUGCAGUGUGGACGCUCUCACAAACAGCUUUGGUUGGAGCAACAGUGAGGAGUUCCAGCAGCACGAUGUGCAGGAGUUGAAUCGGAUACUGUUCAGUGCCAUCGAGUCCUCUUUACUGGGCACCUCAGGAGAGCAGCUCAUCUCUAAGCUCUAUCAUGGUGUCUUUGUGCAACAGAUAAUCUGUCAGGUAUGUGGUCGUGUGAGUGAAAGGGAACAAGAAUACCUAGACCUGGCCGUGGCCCUCUCCACUAGCCCCUCUUUGGAGGGGGUGCUCCAGGAAUCGUACAUCGAACAGGAGUUGCUGGAGGGAGCCAACCAAUAUCGUUGUGAGAAGUGUGGCAAGCUCGUCGACGCUAAGAGGGGCUGCAAGAUUCGGCAGCUGCCACAGAUUCUCACGAUAGCCCUCCUCAGGUUUCUCUAUGACUACGAGAAGGGUGAGAGAUAUAAGGACACUAGCAAAUUCAAGUUCCCACUUGAGUUGGACAUGGCCCCCUACUGUGAGAAUGGCUCGGUGGGGGGUAGCAGUGUGUACGAGCUGUUCUCGGUGGUCAUUCACAGUGGCAGCACUCACUCCGGACACUACACUGCCUACAUUCGGGACAUUGAUGGACUUGGAACUUGGGCUUCCCCCGACGAGGAAGUGGUCCAGUUGCCACGGGACCCGGCCUCUGGUAGUGUGGACCUCAUCGACUUUGAUAAUCCUGCUGACCUCAUGCUGGAGCUCCUCAAACAAUGUGGGGGGUCUUCCACCAUCUCCAAGCUCACAAAGGCUCUACAGGACAAGACUGGAGUGACGUGGAAUAAGAGGUUCAAGAAGCAGUUUGGGCCCAUUACAAAGUUCCUGGGUAGCUGUCCUGACUUGUUCUCAGUCAAUGAAUCUAACCUAGUGUCACUGGGUGGAGCCAACAAGACAGACACACAACAAGCUUCCUCUGGUGACAAGUCAGGGGGCAGUCCCCUUAUUGUGAGGGUCAAUGUAGAGCAGGCCGUCAAUGCUGGGGGUGGGGAGGAGGCGGAGUCACAAGGUACAGCAGUCUCGACUGAAGGUGGCAGCGUUGGUGCAGUGAGGGGUGGAGCUAGCGAGGGUGGCCAAGACAAGAAGAAUGGUGGGGAAGGGAAGAAAAAACCUGUGAAGAAAGAGUCCCCUCCGGCCCAAGGGCAGUGCUGGUUUGAGUUCAACGACACCCAUGUAUCUCCCAUCAUGGCCAAACAGAUGGAGAAGAUGUACCAGGGCAAGCAGAGCGCUUACAUGCUCUUCUACAGGAAGAAGGACAUGCAAAGACCACCUCAAGCGCUAGGCAACAAAUUGUUUGGUGUUCCUGAGAUAUUUCAAGUGGAGGUGGCCCGGGCUAACACAAUACUGGACCAGGAGAGGUAUGAGUAUGACAUCGCCAUCAACACACUUCAACUUAUCAUUCAUUUCUCACUGGAGUUUGUGCUGGCCAACGGAGCACUGCAAAGAAUUGACGAGGGCUCUGAUCCUUGUGUGCUGACUGUAGACCGGAGGAAGAGCAUUGGUGAGCUCAAGGAAGCCAUUGCUGAAACGUCGGAACUGUCGUCAGGGUCAAAGGUUGCCUGCACAGUGCUGCACCAAGAAGAGGAACUAUAUAGACUACUACAGUGGUGUUCAACCUGUGUGUGAGGUUACCUGGGGAGAGGGGAUAUGGACCACACACUGAGUGGUUGAAAUCCAGACCCAUCCGUGGAUGAAGAUGCCUACUCUCUCACCGACAUCAAGAGACGGGAGACAAGCAAGGCUACCACUAAAGACAAGCAAGGAGCAAAAUACACAGGAGCUAAGCAAGGAGUGUCUGGCCACAAAGAAACUACAAAAGCAAAUGUGGAUCAGAUCAUCUACCAUACUGCCACGCUGCAGCAAGCCCAGCCCCUCCCCUGCUCCCAAGGCAGCUCCAGUCCCUCCCCACAAGGCCCACCACCACCACUAUCACUCAAGGUUGCUACUGCCCUUCUCAAUCUGGAUCUACAGCCGUCUGAAGGAUCUCUACUCUAUAUAAGAACAGAUUUUAUGAGACUCUAGUCAAGGAACAAUUUGUACGAACAGUUGUAUAGUUUAGCAGGCUAGCAGGUAGAGUCAGCAAUCGAUGUUCAAUUUUAGUUGAAAAGACUUGAAGUUUCAAGUAUCUAGCAACAUUUCUACCUUUG